AUGAAGAAGCCCACUCAGCAUCUUCGAACGACAACAACGACGACGGCGAUCCUCUUCCUCGUCCUCUCCAGCUACGCAACAGUCUUUGCCGCCUCACCAGACUCACCCACCCUCGAAGACACUCUCCACGCAGAACUUGACUUCGCCUUCAACCUCCCGCGACAAGUGUCAACAGGCCAGGAGCUCGACUCCUUCUUCCACACAGCCAACUUCCUCGGCGAAGCAUCACCGCAGCCGAUAGUCUUUUCGGGGAACCCUUCAAGGCCAUUUGAAGUAAAUGGUGAAACCUUUCCUGACUUUGCAACAGCAGCCAGCCGCGUCUGCGACAACCAAAAGAAUGCCUGCGCGGAUACGGCGAAUGAUGAGAACAAGAAGACGAGUUUUGGGGUUAGUGAUUGUGAUAAGCAACGAGGUAUUCCAAAGACGUCUUCCCUAAAGUCGUCACCGCGAACCCCUCCUCCUGCUGCGGUCGCGCAGGACGGUAUCAAGAACUACUUCCGACACCCAUCUGGAUCGCCGACCUCUCCUGCCCUGUCGAGCGCCUCCACCGCCCAAGGCGAAGCUUCCCCCGAGCUUCCGCCCUUGCCUGUCCCCAGACUUCCUCUCCGGGUUCAGGGUCUUCUGAGAACUCCGCCCACCAUCUCCGUAAACGAAGACGAAGUCGACGGAAGCCGCUGGGGUUCCCCCUACCCCCCAAACCUGCGGAUCGAGAAUUCGAGCAGUGACGACGAGGAAGACGACGACGACUCCGAAUCCGAGCGAGAUCCCAUCCAUACCCUAGCGCUUCAAACCCGCUUUCUGCGACCCGCCCCGCCCACUCAACAAGACAAUACCUCCGAGUCCCGGUCAUCCUUCAUCAGCGGAGCCGCAACCGUCCUCGCUAAUCGCGCAAGGCGCCUGGUACACGGAAUCACAGAGGACUGGAUUCGCCAGCAUACAGCUCACGGUAGCGAGCGAGAAAAGCUACAUUGGCUAAGCGACGGCACUGGUGAUAGUGAGAACUCUUCACUGAGCGACUCAUUUUCCGGUGACGAAGACACCGCUUGGCUAGGAGAUCACCUUCUUACUCCCAGGGCGGAUCGUCGACGAAGCAGCAGGCGAAGCAGUAGACAGCGCCAGGAAUCACAGGGUGCUCUCAAGAAGCAGUCGAGCACUGAUACUCUAAGACAGUCCCGCCUGGUCAGCAGACAGGCAAGCAAAUCCGACAUGGCGUCCCCGAACGAAAGGGCAUCGCCGCCCGACGUCACUAUGGCGAGUGACCGUGCACCCUCAGUCUCUCCAUUUCCCGAACGAACACCCUCCACAAGCCAGUCAGUUGGCGCAACAAAGCCCGAAGAUGCCUCCAGCAUGAACAUUCCAAAAGGAGAGCCUGUAGCUCCUUCCACACCGUCGAAACCCGCACCCAAACGUACCUCUACGCUCGCCGUAUCGCCUCGAAUGAAGAAGAAGGUCCCAUGGAAGGGUAAAAGCGUCAUGAUUCUGAUUCCCAAGGAUGACGAGCGUGGGCAACCAGGCAAGGCUCCAAUUCCUCUCUCCGAAUCCGAGGUUCAGGCAAGGAUGAGAAGCUGGCAACAGCAGGGUCAUGAUAUCAGUGGCUUUGAUCUGGAGCCGCCAAAGACCGCGAAUCAGGAGUCCACUUCGCAAAGUCGAGGAUCCUGGCCCGAUUUCGAUGAUUUGAUACAGGAGCGACAGGAAAGAAGCUGGAAAGUGCUUCUUCCCGACUUGAAUGCUUGGAAGAGAUACGUGGACGAGUUGACCGAAGCAAAGCUCAGAGCUCUAGGAGUAUCACUUGGGGACGACGAGCCCCCACAGCCUUCGGUUUCUCCGGCCACAUCCAUGAGCCGACAGCCUUCGGUCGCCAACUACCCUCCGCUCCCCUUCUCACCUCCGCUGCCGACUUCUUCGGCCGCAAGUGGAGGUGGUCUCCCGGGCUUUCCUUUCCAUGGUCUUGGGCCAUCGCCUACCAGCCCAGGCCUCCCUGCCGGCAUGUCGCCUGCCUCGUUUACAUCCAAGUAUAAUCCUCGGGCUUCUAUAUCGAUCCCAUCUCCACAUGCCUGGUCUCAGCAGAUGAUGAUGCAACAACAUGGACACCGCAUGGGUUCACCCUCGCUUGCUAACCUCAACGCGAUGAUGUCUCCCAGCUCACCAUUUUCACCAGACGGUGGUCUCUUUAGUCCCAUGGGCCAUAUGGGCCAUAUGAGCCAUCACCGCCAUCAGUCCUUGCAGUUACCCAUGUUCCAGCAUCCGCCUCAGCAUCAGCUCCAGCAUCAGUUUGCGCCGCCCCCACGAGCAUCGCCGCGCUUGCAGGAUCUUCACGAAAUCGUAGAAGAAGAACCAGCUCAAGAUUCCGUGCGCGCUCCCGAAGCCGGCCUUCUUCCCCAUCACAAUCCAGGCGACGAUUUGCAAAGGGAAAUUGAUGAAGCUGAAUACCAUUUGGAAGAACAGAUGCGCUCGCAGCUCGAAAACGAUCAAGAUUACAGCCCGCACAGAGAGGAACAUACCAUCCCGCCGGUUAACCCCCAUGCCAGAGACUCGUCAGUUAACUUCGCUCCCCAGCAACCUCAAUUUGGUGCUAGUUCGGACGGCCUUGUCUUGCAUCACCCGAGACCGCACAGUCGCGGACACUCGCUGUCGCAAAAAUACUUUACCGAAGAGGACAUCUCUAAUAGUGGAGGUGGUUUUAGGCCUAGUCUGCAGCCGAUUGACGGACCGGCUGCUGAAGACGACGAGAUCGAGACGAAUCCGAGCAACCUAGGAACGCCCAUCCAAGCGCUCGAAUUCCAGAAGAUGAUGCAUCAACAUACCUUGUCUAAUGCUAGUAGCUCCUGGAGCACCGGAAAGCCUGCGGUUGGCCCCGCCCCUAAGCAUGCCAGCCAUGGUAGCAAGUCUUCGUUGUCCAAAUUGAACGUGGAAGCGCCCGAAUUCAAGUAUAACCCCAACAGCACUUUCACGCCGCAGUUCACCCCCCAGGUCGCCACGUUCUCUGCUGCCACCAGUCACUUUGCCGCUUCAGCACCUACGACUGGCGCCAUCAACCCUACUGCGUCCGUGUUCUCUCCUACUCAAAGCGAGUUUGGCCUCAAGUUUCGCCCGGAUGCGCCUGCCUUCACUCCUAAUUCGUUUGCAACGCCGACCGCAAACCCCGCGGUGGAAAGCGAUGCUAAACCUGAGAGCUCGGCUGUUGAUGCCGGUGACCAGGAGAAGGCCGAGAUUGUCUCGUCUGCUGAGGAAAGCAAGGCUAUCCCAAUCUUGCCACCCAACAAGGAGGCUCAGACGGAGGAAGAGAGGUACGAAGCAGAGGGGCAAUUCGACGGUGUUACUUUCACCAAGUUGGAUCAUCACAAUGUCGAACUGGACAGUGUGGCUCCUGCGGCGUCAGAAACCGCUGAGAGUUCUACUCCCGUGGCUGAGUCUAGGCCAAACAAGGACGAGGAGGAAGACCUUCCGAUUGAGGAGAAGUCGUUCGACGAAUCUACUCAUGGUCACCCAGACAUGACACUGUCUUCCACCAUGGCAUCUGAGACGACGGAUACUCAGGCUACGGUAAGCCCGCUAGAGCAGGCUGCAGAUCCUAUGUCUUUGAACUGGACUGUCUCGGAGCUCAAGGAUCCUAACCCGUUCAGCGACGAUGCGGCUACUCAUGGUCACAAGAAGUCUCUCUCUGCGACUGCUUCAGCCUUUGUGCCUGGAAUAUCGACUUGGCCUAUGGAAGUUACAGAUGUCGCUACUGGCUCUUCUCAACAGCCACCUCAGCAGACGCCUGUUGUAGAAGUUGCGGAGGUAGAUCAUACGGAAAAGGUACCUGCAGAGCCUGACGUGGUUACUGUGCCAUCGAAGCCUACUAAGGGGCUCGCUGCUUCUCGAUGGGCUCCUAAACCACCACCGCCCAGACGCGAAGGGUCCAAGAAGAAGGAGAGCAUGAGCAUUACAACGACUGCAGAACCCAGCUUUGACGACAUUGACGCGGUCAUGCGCCAUCUCAGUGCUAACCCAGACAUGGGAAUCAAAAAGCCCACUGAUAGUGGUGGUCAAACUCAGUGGCACCAGCCCAACCCGACUCACCCCAUUCCUUUGGAGGCAGUUGCAGAUUCAUCGUCCUACCGUCAAGCUGAAGAUCACUCUCGCAGUCCUAGCCCGGCUCCGCGCAAGUACACCGGUCUCCCUCUUCAGCCGUCACAGCCAAUUCCCACAACCGAGCUGGAGGAUCCCUUCCUCGACCCGCCCACCAGUGCGCAGCUCAUUGAGGGACCUGUCCAACGCCUCAAUGGCAGUGAGGACGUGCCAGUUAGCGACUGGAACGGCGACUUCACCGAGGAUGAGCAGGAAAAGCUGGAGUCCCGUGUCACUUUCUUCAAUGGGCAGGUCAAUGAAGUUGUUGGCGGUAUCCUGGAUAGCCGUCUUGGCCCACUAGAACAGACUCUUGAUACCAUUAAGCACUCUCUGGCUGCUAUCUCGAGGAGAGCUGUCUCAAACCGCCGAGACGUGCGCAGCGCCUCUGCUGAAGUCCGCGAUAGCGACGCCGAUGACGAGGAUGACGAUCUGCCUACUACUCGCCGUUCCAUCAGCCCGCGUAGGGACCGUAAGAUGGAGCAAAUCAAGGUUGCUGUUAUGGAAGCCCUCGCUUCUCAGCAAAGAACCAGGCCAACGUCCUCCUCUGCCAAGUCGACUUUUGGCGACCGGCCUGACAUCCUUCAGGCCCUUGAAGAGCUGAAGGCUCAGAUUACUCAGCCAAAGGUCUCCUCGGUCGGCAGCGAUGACAUCAAGAAGAUUGUUGAAGAAGUGGUGCAUAACCGCCUUGAGCCUGCAGUGGAUCAAGCCAAGGAGGCCCAGGUCACUGACCUUCAGGCUCGCGUCCUGGAACUCGAGGAGCGACUCCGCUCUCAGGAGGCCAAGGUGGAGACAGAGAUUGCGGCCAGGCGCGCUGCCGAGGACCGUGCGUCGGAUCUCACCCGUGAGCUCCAGUCUGCUGCGACCAAGAUUGAGGUCGAGAUGAUGAACAAGAGCGCCCUGAACCAACGGAUCGCCGACCUCGAGAACCAUUCCCACCAGUUUGAAGAACAGGCUGAGAAGGAGCAGAAGGGCCGGAGAGCUGCUGAAGACAAGCUUGCCGAAGUCCAACGCCAAUUGAAGCUCACCACAGAGGAGGAGAGCCGCCUCAAGAAGGAGGUCGACGAGAAGGACCAUAAGAUUAGAGCCAUCGAGGCCGCUAACAAUAAGGUUGCCAUGCGCUUGACGCAAUUGGAAGCCGGCACCGAGCACACUCAAAAGUCUAGGAGCGAAGCGCAGAAUCGGAUUAACAUGUUGGAUAACGAUCUUCGGACUGCUCGGCAAGAAGCUCGGCACUGGCGAUCUGAGGCUGAUAGAGUCAGCGAGCUUGCCAAGCGUCGUGAUGCUGAUCUUAGCAAGGCUCUUGACGAGAACAAGGCUUUGCAUAAGCUGAUCGAUACUCUUGGUACCCAGGUCCAGGAGAACGAGCGCGUCCGCGACAGCUGGCGCACCAAGUUCCUUGCCCUUCAGGACGAGAUGGCUCACGCUGCUCGGCAAAUCACCGAGGAGAACGCCAGGCGCGCCAAGAAGGAGCAGACGUUGAUUGCCCGCCAGGAGGUCUUGGAUGCCAAGCUGCAGGCUGAGGCCAGAACUCGUGAACGUAUCGAGACCGAGCUGGAGAGGCUGGAGAUGAACGAGCGGCAGGGCAUGAGAGCUGUUGCGGAGUGCAAGAGACUUGAGCUGCUGCUUGCGGAAAUGCGCACUGAGAACCAUAAGUUGCAGCAGAGCGCUUUGCGAUUCAAGGCUGAGUUUCAGGAAGCUAGGGAGUCCGCUGCUCGCGAAAUCACGCGUACUCGCAAUGCCAUGCAAGCAGAGGUUGAGCAAGCCAACCACCAAGUUAACGCUGUCCGCAGGGAGCUUGAAGAUGAGCUUAACAGACUCAGAUCCCAGAUGGACCAGGUUAAGUUGGACGCCGACACAGCCAAGGCUCAGCACGACAUGCUCCUCGAGGAGGCUCAGAACUCGAAGAAGACGGAACUUGAUGAGCUCAUGCGCAAGCAUCAGAACGAGGUGGAGGAUCUUCAGGCCCGCUAUGAGCGUCAACUCAGCAACACCACUGAGGACGCCCAACGGACGGAGAAGAACCUCUUGGAUCGCUUGAGUAUCGAGACAUCCAAGGCCCAGCAUCUCCAGGACAAAUUGUUGCAUGUCGAGGAGAAGCUGGAGAUUGCCAAGGAAGCUGCUCGUGCCGCCGCUCAAGCGGCCAAGGCUUCUGUGGCCGGUACUCCGGCGGAUCCCGCGGUGUCCAAGUCCACCCCCAACGAUGUCCCGCCUUCCGAGAGAAUUUCGCCCCAAGCUCUCCGCGAGUCCAUCAUGGUCCUCCAGGAGCAGCUCCAAGCCCGCGAGCUUCGCAUCGAGGAACUCGAGCAACAACUCGAGAAGGCCGACCCCGAAGCUGAGACCAAGAUUUCUAAGCGCGACGACGAGAUCAUCUGGCUCCGCGAGCUCCUUGCUGUGCGCCACUCGGAUCUGCAGGACAUUAUUGGUGCUCUUUCCAGUGACAACUACGACAAGGACGCGGUCCGGGAUGCCGCUAUCAGGCUGAAGGCCAACCUCCAGAUGGAGGAGCAGGAGCGUGAGCGCGCGAUGAACGGCGGGUCGGCCAUCAACCUACCCAACAUUGCUGCGACGAUCAGAGAGGCGGCCACGCCGCGUGUUGCGCAGGCUGUUGGUCCUCUGGCAGCCGCCUGGGGCAACUGGAGGAAGGGCAAGGACCUGCCGGCUUUCGGCAGCUUGAGCAGUGUUUUGUCCGCGUCUCCUGCGCAGAGCCGUAACGUCACGCCGUCGAAGCCAGCCUCUGGGUUCCUUGGCGGGAACCCGACGCCCCUCACAUCUGGAUCCGCCGGUUUGCGCAAAGCUUCCCACGCUUCCGUAUCGACGGGCAGGUCUACAGCCGAAGCCCAGCAACAACCUCAGCCAACUGCUUUCUCAGCCACCGGUCGCAGGUUCACUCCUCAAGAACUAUCCAAAAGGGCACUGCGCCAGAAUCAGCAGCAGCAGAGGUCGAGAGGGCCGUCCACGGCGUCUAUGCAUAUCCAGCAGCCGCAGCAGGUGGCUGAGGAGGAGACAAGUGAAAGGGAGCUAUUGGAGGUUUCUAUUUCGCCUUCACCUGACCCCUCGACACUUUCGUUUGCCCAAGCUCAACAGCAUCGGAGGAAUAUCUCUUCACCUAUGAUGGCUCCUCCGAUGACGAGGUCCGGCGGCAUGUACGAUAGCGACGCGUCGCCGGUGGAGGAUUUUGAUGAUGAUGGGUUUUUUGAGGAUGAUUGA